AUGGCUACACAAACAUUACCAAGCCGAACAUAUAUUCUUCAUUUGUAUCGUUCACUACUUCGAGCAAGUCAAAAGUUUUCUAGCUAUAAUUUUAAAGAUUACGCAUAUCGUAAAACAAAAGAUUCUUUUCGUGAAAAUAAAAAUGAAACAAAUUCCGAAAGAAUUAUACAACUUGUACAAAAAGCUGAACAAGAAUUGGGUUUAUUAAGACGUCAAGGUUAUUUGAAUAGUCUUUACGCUGUUGACCGUUUAGUGGUAGAAGAUGAAUUGAAAGGAAAUCAAAAAACAAGGUUAAGAGGAGAUAACUAA